AUGUUCUCAUUGCAGAGCUCCACACAGGAGAUUGGAGAAGAACUGGCAGAUGACAUCAUCUACAGUAUCUCUCUUCGCAAAGUACAACUCCAUCACACCGCCAACAAGGGACAGCGAUGGCUGGGGUUUGAGAAUGAAUCUGCUUUGAACUUGUAUGAGACCUGCAAAGUCCGUACCAUCAAGGCGGGGACGCUGGAGAAGCUGGUGGAAUACUUGGUAUCAGCCUUCCGAGGCAAUGAUUCCACCUACGUCACCAUCUUCCUGUGUACCUACCGUGCCUUUGCCACCACCAAACAGGUGCUGGAUCUCCUGCUCAACAGGUAUGGCCGACUCAACCCUCAAGCCAAUGGGGACCAUGGGCAGGCCACAGAUGACCGGCUGGAGCUAAAAAACACCAUUUCCUCCAUUCUGGGAGCCUGGUUGGACCAAUACUCUGAGGAUUUUCGACAGCCCCCAGAUUUCACCUGCCUCAAACAGCUUGUCUCCUACGUUCGACACAACAUCCCAGGCUCAGACCUCGAACGCCGAGCCCACCUCCUCCUUGCCCAGUUCCAGAGACAGGAGCCCAGUGAGGCAGAGCCAGAAGCUCCGGAAUCUGUCUGCUCCUUCCAGCUGUCAGAAGAAAAUGGACUGGGAGAGGCAAAGCCUGACUUCCUGGUCUUUUCUCCAGAGAUGGUGGCAGAGCAGUUCACACUGAUGGAUGCGGAGCUGUUCAAGAAGGUGGUCCCCUAUCACUGCCUGGGUUGCAUCUGGUCCCAGAGAGACAAAAAAGGCAAUGAACACUUGGCGCCCACCAUUCGGGCCACUGUCUCCCAGUUCAACUGCGUCACCAACUGCGUCAUCGCCACGUGCCUAGGGGACCGAGGUCUAAAGCCCCAGCAGCGGGCCAAGGUGGUGGAGCGGUGGAUUGAGGUGGCCCGGGAAUGCCGAAUCCUCAAAAACUUCUCCUCCCUCCGUGCUAUCCUCUCUGCCUUGCAGUGCAAUGCCGUUCACCGCCUCAGAAGGACCUGGGAUGAAGUGGCGAGGGAAAGUUUCCGAAUCUUCCAUGAGUUGUCAGAGAUCUUCUCUGAUGAGAACAACCACUCACUAAGCCGGGAGCUCCUCAUUAAGGAGGGGACCUCAAAGUUUGCCACCCUGGAAAUCAACCCCAAGAGAGCCCAAAAGAGGCAGCAGCAGCAGCGGGAGAUGGGUGUCAUGCAGGGCACUAUUCCUUACCUUGGCACCUUCCUCACAGACCUGGUGAUGCUGGACACAGCUAUGAAGGACUACCUGGAUGGGGGCCUGAUCAACUUUGAGAAGAGGAGAAAGGAAUUCGAAGUGAUAGCCCAGAUCAAGCUGCUGCAGUCAGCCUGCAACAAUUACAAUUUCACACCAGAAGUACGCUUUGCAGCUUGGUUCCAUAGCGUCGAGAGGCUCAGUGAAUCCGAGAGUUACAGUUUGUCCUGUGAACUGGAACCCCUGUCAGAAUCAGCCAGUAACACCCUGAAGGCCAAGAAGAACACCGGGAUUAUCAAGCGAUGGAGCGACCGCCAGGCCCCCAGCGCAGAGCCCAGUGCGGGGGGCAGUUCCCAUUCGAAGUCCUUCGACCAGCUCAAGUGUGGGCCCUACCUGUGCAGCGGCGACGGAGCAGACUCCCUCAGCGUCACCUCGGCAGGCUCCUCCAGUUCAGAUGUAGAAGAAAUCAACAUCACCUUUGUCCCAGAGUCUCCAGACUGCCAGGAAAAAAAGUUCUGGGAGUCGACAUCCUUGUCCUCCCUGGACACGUCGGGUAUCGGGUCCGGCUCCAGCAGUGCCUCGUCCUCCUCCGUCUCCUCCACUCCGGUGACCGCCUCCCGCACCCACAAGCGCUCCGUCUCGGGUAUCUCCAGCUACUCCUCCCUCUCCCUCCCCCUCUACAAUCAGCAGAUUGACGAUUGCUGUAUCAUUCGAGUGAGUCUGGCUGUGGACAAUGGGAACAUGUACAAGAGUGUCCUGGUGACAAGUCAGGACAAGACCCCAGCAGUGAUCCGGAAAGCCAUGGUCAAACACAACUUGGAUGGGGACCAGCCUGAGGACUACGAGCUGGUACAGAUCAUCUCUGAGGAGAGAGAGCUGAAGAUCCCAGACAACGCCAAUGUGUUCUAUGCUAUGAACUCCACUGCCAACUACGACUUUGUCCUGAAGAAGAGGGGCUUUCCCAAGGGGGUAAAGGUCAAGCAUGGAGCCAGCUCGACACUGCCCAGAAUGAAACAGAAAGGCCUCAAGAUUGCCAAAGGCAUCUUCUGACUCCAUCACCUCCUGUGGGCAGCAAUCCUGGGCCUCACCCCCUCUUCCUGGAGCCACAAAGCACUUAGAGGCCUGGGCUUCCCACUCGUGUCUGUCCCCAUGCCUCUCUGGACGGAUUAGAUCCUCUGACCUUCAGAGACUUUUGGGACACCUUCCCAAUUUGGGUUUUUUUACGUGAUUUUGGACACUCAAGCACUCUCCUUCCUACCCAAUAUGAUGCCCCUAAGAUUUGGGGCUGACCGGGUUCCCAUUCUCCUAUCAAGCCCCCAACAACCACCUCAUUGCCUUAGGUGCCUUCUGCUUUCCAAGAACCAGAGGACAGAACAAUUUUCUUUUUUUCUUUCUUUUUUUUUUUUUGCCAAGAAACUCUGCCAAUGGGCACCCGUGCCCCGUCCCCUUCCUUUUACUGCCCUUCAAAUGGAUCUCCAGCUUCUAAGCUGAUGAUCACUGCCACAUUCCUUGCCCAGUGGGCAUCCUGGAGCAUUAAUGCCCAAAAGGGGUUUGGCCACACUUUUCCUCUCCCCCCUCCACAGUUUCCCCAGUCGUCCCCCCUGUCAUCCACCCUCAGUGUCCCCAUGGUCACUCCCUUACAGGGUGGAGGUGGGGCAUGGGAGUGAAGGAUUUCUUUCUCCCAAUCACCAUGAGUUGGAUCUGGCUCCAGAACACAGGGGCUUUGCCUCCCAGAUCUCUAGCCCUAAACCUGCACCAAAGAUUCUAUCUCAAGGGACACACCAGGGCAAGGAGGACCCACUGACCCUUCCCUCUACACUCUGGGAGAGGUAGGGGGCCCUGUAAAUAGACAGCAUGACUCACUGUGGUGAGCAAGGGGGAGGGGUCAAGCCAGGGUCCUGCCCACAUUGAAUUCUCAACCACACCAAGUGCCACUAACCUUGGACUUUGCAGACAUCGUGAGAUGAUGGACAAGGGCAGUUGGGGGAGGGGAAGAAGGAAAUGACUCAAUUUUUGUAAAAAAAAAAAAGUGGGGGAAAAAGAAAACGAAAAAAAAAAAAGAAAAGAAAAUGUUUACUGACUUGGGGGGUAAUAUUUAUUUGUUGUAAAUAGAAAACAUUAGACCUGUACAUUCUACUAAAUCCUGUUACAACCA